AUGCGAGCUGCUGUCGUUGUGAAUCGAAGCUGGGAUUUCAAAUUCCAUCUGGAGAAGAUUGCAGUGAUGGAUUUGGAGAUUCCAAGCCCUGGUCGUGGUGAAGUAUUGGUCCGAGUUUAUGCGUCCAAUAUCAACCCAGUGGAUCACAAGAUUGUUGAAUUGGCUGGCUGGAGUUGGACCUAUCCUCACAAGCUGGGCUAUGAUGUUGCAGGUGUCGUCCAGAGUGUUGGUGUUGGCUGCACUCGUUUGAAGGCUACGUCUUUGAUGGAGGCACCAACAACUGCUGGAACCUACGCUCAAUAUGCUGUCGUAUCUGAGUCCAUCCUUGGAGUCAAGCCAGAGUCCAUCAGUAUGCUGGAGGCCGGAGCGAUGCCGAUGGUGGCACUCACAGGCUUGGAGUCACUGACAUGGGCGGCAGGUGGCUCUCAAUUUGGGAAGAACGCCACCGUCUUGGUGCUUGGCGGAAGUGGCGGAACUGGGCACAUGGGUAUUCAGCUGGCCAAGGCCAUGGGCGCUUCCUGGAUCAUCACCACGUGCUCGGAAACUCAUGUCGACUUCGUGCGGCAGCUGGGCGCGGACCAGGUGAUUGACUACCACAAGCAGAACUACUAUGACGUACUCCUUCCAGAAUCGGUUGAUGUUGUCUACGAUUGUGUUGGCCUCAACGGCACAGGUGAUCAUGCCUUCAACAUCAUUAAGAAGCAUGGGAGCUUUGUGACGCUGUUGCAGGGAGCGAAAGCCUCAAUCUCCACGAGACUUCAGCGACCUGAUGUACAUGAGUAUGCGCCCAAUUGUGUCGGAACUUGUUCACAGCAUCAGCGAAUCGAUACUGUCGCAUCCUUUGUGAAGGAAGGCAAGCUGACAGUACACAUCGACCAAGUGUUUGGCUUGGAAGAUAUUGUCAAAGCCUUCAAUCAAUCGCUUGCUGGACAUACGACUGGAAAAGUUGCUCUCCAGAUUUUGGGCAACGAGUCUGAGAUUCUCGUGUAA